AUGCCAGUAAUGAUCAAAGUCGCGCAACAUGCUGCAGAAGCGUUUAGGCCAAAUUGGCAUGAGCAGCACCAGAAUGAUUACAGCACGAAUGAAGCCUUGGACGAAAAUCCAGAUGGUUUGUUCUUGAGAGGUCUACUCCAGACUUUGGCACCGGAAAGUUCAAAAUCCAAUAGUACUAUACUACAAUCGACACUUACCGAGGAGAUUGCGAGGAAUAUUCUCCCAUCUGGGAAUGGUUUAGUGCAUACCUGUCUUGAGGCGUAUAACCAUCAUCGUAAUCUUAUCCUUCGUCCUGAUGAUAUUUGGAUCGCUAUUGUGACUCAAUUCUCAUUCUAUGUGAAUAAACAUUCUGAGGAACUGCGUUCCUUCUUUGUGGCGCAUGAAGGAAAUAAGGAGCUAGUUGUUGAAGGUGAUCAUUUUGAUUUCAUGGUUUACACUACUGACAUGGCCGAUACGAUCCAGAAAAAUAUCGUGGAUAAAAGCUUCCAGUCAUGGAUUUUACCAGCAUUUUCGACCACGACGCGUGUCGACACCAUUGUAUGUAGCUCAGUAAUGAUGAGUACCAUGAAAAGGUACUUCAAUUACAGGUUUCAUCUGACGUGUGGUAUACCUACAGUCACAUUACUCGGAGAGGUAUCAGACUGGGAAGAAAUUCUUCGCCGACUGGACAAGCUUGAGUCGUUUGGGUCAGCUCACGAAGAAUUGAUACACUGGAAGGAGUUGCUUACUCCGGUAAUCCAAAAUAUGAUAUUAACCUUCGAAAAUCCUGGAGCCACAGCCCGAGUUGAUUUCUGGUCAAAAAUUGCUCAUAUUCAUAACAUAAGCGGCGGUUCGACUCUAUCCGGGUGGCUUACAGUUUUCUGUGCCUUCAAUGAAAAUGGGGUCUGGAAAGGAGAAAACUGGAGAUCAGGGCAGGACACCGGGUCAAUGAGGGAGCCUCUCCAAUAUCCAGUUAUCAAAAUUAAAGAAAUACCUACUGGAAAGUGUGAGGUUAAAGUUCGGAUCAGUGGAGAGAUGGAACUCGAUGCUGUGAUUGUGGCCGGCUUGGUAGGCGCUUUAGUCUCUUCUCAGAAUGGGUAUGAGAUUCUUGACACAGUGCAACCGUACCCUGCAUGGAGCAUCUUCGCCCUGAACAAUGAUAAAUAUAUUCAUUCAGGACGAUAA